GCGUCGCGCUUUUUGCCGAUUUUAUUUUAUCUGAAUACUAACCCUAACCUACAGGUACCUACUAAGGAGGUUGGUAGAUAAAGAUCAGGUACAUACCUCUAUAUUAGGUACUACUUUAUCUGAUAUUACACGGUUCGGAAAUAUGCGGCGCUCAUUACGACAAAUACAACAAUCCGGAUCGGCAAUAAAAAAUGAGACCGAUAAAUCAGAGCCGUUAUCCGUCAUAAAAAAUGAAGAGGAUCUACAAACUGACAUACCUUCCCGAAAGUCUAGGAUUAGGAAGAGGGAUGUUCAGCUUCAGAGCGACGAAGAAUACGUCGAACAAGACCUUCCAGCGGAAGCACCGCGUACCAAAAGGCAAAAAGUAGGACCACGUUCUAGGAAAAGGAAUGGAGAUCAUGCUGCCCAAUUACAUGCGCGUCUUUUCGGCAGAAGGAACACCGCCUCAAACGAUUCCAUCACAGGCAAUAGUACUAGCAUUAACCUCCCUACUCGUGCCCACGGGCUGCAUUAUCAUCGUCCCUUACUGCUCGACAGCCGCGAGGCUCGCACGUCCCUCCUCACCUGGUUCGACGGCGUGAGCUCCGCGCGCGAGAUGCCCUGGCGCAAGCCCUGGGCGGACCCGGCUACCGCCACUUCUUCCCCCGAGGAGGUCGAGCGCCGCGCGUACCAGGUCUGGAUCAGCGAGGUCAUGCUCCAGCAGACGCGCGUCGCGACCGUCGUCGACUACUGGAACCGCUGGAUGGCGCGGUGGCCCUCGAUCCGGGACCUGGCGGCCGCCGAGCGCGACGAGGUGCUCUCCGCCUGGCGCGGCCUCGGGUACUACAGCCGCGCCACGCGGAUCCACGACGCCGCGAGGAUCGUGUGCGCGGACCCUGCCAUGCACGGCCUGCUGCCGUCCGACGUCGGCGAGCUGGUCGCCAGGGUCCCCGGCGUCGGCAGGUACACCGCCGGAGCCAUCUCGGCGAUCGUGUUUGGGAAGGCGGCGCCCAUGGUCGACGGGAACGUGCUGCGCGUGCUGAGUCGGCAGCUGGCCGUGUUUGGGGAUGUCAAGGCCGACAAGGCGGUGGUUGAUCUGCUGUGGGCUGCGGCUGACAGUUUAGUUAAGGCCGUCGCGAGGGAUGGCCCGGAAGACGAGCAUAGUGCAGGUCGCGAUGCUGACAAUACUACUAAUACUAAUCCUGAUACUAAUACUCAUUCUACUACUACUACUGAAAAGGUCGAAGGUGAUGGCGAAGCGGAGCCGAGUGAUCGGCCCGGUCGAUGGGGUCAGGCGUUGAUGGAGCUUGGCAGCACGAUAUGCACGCCGAAGCCUAACUGCGCUAUCUGCCCCAUCACGGCCAGCUGUCGCGCAUACGAGGAGGGUCUUCAAUUAGCUACGAAAAGGGGCCUGGUAGCCAAGUCUACUGCGACAUCGAGGAGCGCUCCCGUUGAUAUCGAGGACGCCUGCACGCUUUGCACGCCGUUCGAGGAUUAUGCGGAUGAAGACGACAACGAUGGUGAUGAUGACGGCUGGAAGCGGAACGUAAAGACGAUUGAAGUCGCGCAGCAGAAGUCGACGAAAUCUCGGACGCAGACGACGUUGCGAUCAUUCGUAUUCUCGCAGGCCGUCACAUCCAAGACGAACAAGAACAAGACAUCAUUCGGUCCCCAAACACCGCCAUCACCAGCUCUCAGCAGCGCCGCGGUGGAGGCAAUCGCGAGCCACGCGAAGAAGUUCCCGCUCCGGACGGCCAAGAAGGCCGUGCGCGAGGAGGAGACGCUGGUGUGCGCCGUCCGGCGCAGCGGCGACGGUCGGUACCUGAUUCGCAAGAGGCCGGAGAAGGGGUUGCUGGCGGGGUUGUGGGAGCUGCCGAGCUGCGUUUUGGAAGAGCCGCAAGGGGGGGCAUCGGCGAAGGCUAGGAAGAAGGGUGCGGAGAACUUCGUUCGGGAGUUGUUGGUGUUUGGCGGCAAGCGGUUGGGGAAGACGGGCAAGGGGGAAGGAAACGGGGAGGCGGUGGUGAAGUAUAUGGGCGAGCUGGGAUCGGUGCCUUGGGUAUUUUCGCAUCUCAAGCUGACGAUGCAUGUUCACCUGUUCGAGCUUGAAAGCGAGGGUGGUGGUGAUGAAGAAGAGGAAUAUGGUGGAUGUGAUGGAGUACAAAGCCGGUGGAGCGAUGUUGAGGCUCUUGAUGCGGAGUCGAUGGGAACGGGGAUGCGGAAGUGCUGGGCGCUGGUUAAGGAGGCUGGUUAAGGGGUUGUUAUAGAAAGGCUUGCUUGUAAGGAUGCCAUUACUAGGUAGAGUUGUCUUUUAGUUACUGGGUGAGGAUGGUAGAACCAAAUAAUACGAUGAACCCGUGUAUCGCUCAUGCAUAUACGUUUGG